CUAAAAAGGCUGAAGAACCGUGAGAGGCUUCUUAAAAAUUAGAGAAAUAGUUUCUUUGGGGAAAACAGUUGCAGUGCAAUGGAAUUUUUCUUUCCCCUCCAUGGGAAUGGUGGGAGGGUGCUUCCCUUUACCCCGAGCAGACUGUGAGGUGCUUCAAAAGGACUCUGACCUUGACCUGUGUCAACUGCAAUCUGUGUAGCCUGGAGGCUGGUGGCAGAUCAUGCCUGGAAACAGCCUAAAGGCCAGAGGCUGUGGCUGACUGGUGCCCUGGUGGCCGAGGAGAUGACUGCACUGGAAUCUGUCUGUGCUCCUGUCUUGCCAGGGCAAAGGAUGCCCAAGUGAGUGCUUCCCAUCGCAGACAAGCAGGAUAAGGCCCUGUGGGGCUUGUGAAAAUACUGCAGAAGAGGAUCGCCUGCACAGCAGUGGUAUGAUCUCAACAAAAGGGAUGACCACCCUAUCCUCAGAGGCUGAAGGAGGAAACGUAGGCAGCCAGCUACAGGAACACAGAUAACAGACAAGAGAGUGUCCAGAAGACAUGCCAUUCUUGAGGUGGCAGAUGGUCAGCUGCGAAUCAAACCGGUCUCACAAGAACUCACUCACUAUUCCGAAGAUAGCACCAAGCCAUGAGGGAUGCCCACCCCCAUGAUUAAAAUACAUCCCACCAGGCCCUGCUUCCAGCAUUUGUGGAUUACAAUUCAACAUGAAUUUCAGGUACACACAAAUCCAUGUUUUUAUCAGUCUUCAGAGAAGAGUCAGCUUGUACCAUUGAAGACAAAUCUAUGGUGCUGUUUGAAUCCUGGAGAUAGUUUUUCUUUGUUAGUUGACAAAUACACAUUCCGCGUUCUCGCUAUACCCACUGAAGUGAAAAUGGAAUGUACCUUAAGGGACAUGGAUGAAUCUGGAAAACAUCAUCCUCAGCAAACUGACACAAGAACAGAAAAUGAAACACCGCAUAUUCUCACUCAUAGAAACAGUCAAAUGCUUGAUGAAGAUAAUGUAUUGAAUGAAACACCAAAAUCCCCUGUUAUUAAUUUAUCUCAUGAGACUACUGGUGCCUCACAACUGGAAGGAAGUGCAGAAAUAGCCAGGACCCAGAUGACUACCACAAAUAGUGUGUCUUUCCUAGGUGAAUGUAGAGACUUCAGUAAGCAGCAGCCAGUCCUUGCUGAGAGGAAAAGAAUCCUUCCAGCUUGGAUGUUAGCAGAACAUUUAAGUGAUCAAAACCUUUCAGUACCAGCAAUCAGUGGAGGUAACAUAACCCAGGGAAGUGGAAAAGAAGAAAUCUGCAAAGAUAACACCCAACUAAACAUAACACAGCAAGGAAGAAGGCAAUUAAUUUCUGCAGGAAGUUCAGAAAAUAUAUCAGCAGAACAAGACACAGGAGAAAAGUGCAAAAAUGCUGAUCAGGAAGAGUCUGUCAUUUCAACAAAGGAAAUGCCACAAUCAUUCUCUGCAGUCACAUUAAGUAAUGCAGAGAUGAAUAAUAUUAAGACUAAUACACAGAGAAAUAAACUUCCAAUAGAGGAACUUGGUAAAGUUUCUAAACGUAAAAUUGCCACCAAAAGAAAACCACAUGAAGAAGAUGAUGCAGUGAGCUGUUUUGAGAAUUGUUUGAGUGCCCAGGGCGAGUCAUUCCGGGAUGAGUCUCAAGGGUCUCAUCCUGAGUCCAGCUCUAAUCCCUCCAAUUCAGUUCUACAAGGUUCUGAAGAAAACAUGGUCAAGAGGACGUCCUGCAUGUAUGGGGCAAACUGCUAUAGGAAGAAUCCUGUUCAUUUUCAAUGUUUUAGUCAUCCUGGUGAUAGUGAUUAUGGAGGUGUACAAAUUGUGGGCCAAGAUAAGACUGAUGACCGGCCUGAAUGUCCCUAUGGACCAUCCUGUUAUAGGAAGAAUCCCCAGCACAAGAUAGAAUACAGACAUAGUAUGCUUCCAGUCUUCUGUUUUUCAGUGAGAAAUGUUUUAGAUGAAGAUAAUGAUAAUGUUGAGCAACCCAAUGAGUAUGACCUCAAUGACAGCUUUCUAGAUGAUGAGGAAGAAGACUAUGAGCCAACAGAUGAAGAUUCUGACUGGGAACCAGGAAGAGAAGAUGAAGAGAAGGAAGAUGUGGAAGAGCUUUUGAAAGAAGCAAAAAAGUUUAUGAAAAGAAAAAAAUAACUCACUUCUGUAGUCAUAUAUACUGUACAUUUACUUCUUCUUUGUCGGAAAACAUUUAUGAACUAAGGAGGUACUUAAGUGACAGUUAUUUUUCUUCUUUUGAUAAUGAUUUUUACUACUGACUGUUUACAAAUAAGACAUUGAAAUGUCAGCCUUCAGUAUAGUGGAUGGAAUUUAUUUUGUUGCCUUGCCUUUUUUUUUUCCCACUUAAAGCAUAUGGAAAUAGGAAGACAGAAAAGGUAGAGUAAAAAUGGAUAUUUUUAAUGUGCUUUUACAUAUUGAUAAUAAGUAAAAGCCAUAGGUUGUACAAAA